AAUGAUAUCUGGUAACAGUGUGGGCCAAAUAUUCAAAGAUGUUGUGUGUAAACCAUUGCAGACUCAACACAGAGCACAAGAAUGUUGAAGCAGAACUGGAAGAGGAAAUCCAGGCCAUUCUUCAUGAAGCACUCCAUUCACAAGCCGGAGAGAGGCAUGAGGAAGGUGCAGAUGAAGGAUUAAAUGACGAGCCUGGGGAAGGUGCAGAUGAAGGAUUAGAUGAUGACCAUGAGGAAGGUGCAGAUGAAGGAUUAAAUGAUGAACGGCAGGAGAAGGAUGAAGUAUAUGAAGAAGCUUUUGAAAUUCCUACAACAGAUGACCUUUAUGAAGCAUUAGAAGAUGAAAUACCUGAAGUACCUGAAAUACCAAAACCGGUUCAGGAAGAAACUGACAGUCAUGAUCAGGUAGAAGAGCAUGGAGUAGGUGAGCCUGAAGCUGUUGAAAUUCCUGAUCCAUAUGAAUAUUACAUGGAUUUAGAAGAGCCAGCAUAUGAGUCAGAAGUUCCAGAUAACACUGAAUUAGCACAGGAAGAUGCUCUUGAACAUCAUGGAGAACCAAAUUAUGAAGAAGGGACUGAGACUCAGGAUACAGUGUAUGCAGAAUUGGAGACUGGAAAAACAGAAGAAACUGCAGGUAAACAGCCUGUAAAUGAACACUACUAUGAAGAAAGCAUAAAAGAACCAGCUGCUGAUGCUGAAAAGGAAGAUGAAACUGCAGGGGCGCUUCCAGAACCAGUAAAUGAAGAUACAGAGCCAGAUGAAAUUCCUGAGGAUGUUGAAAUUAAUAAAAAGCAAUCAGAGGAAAAAGAACAUACAGAAGACACUGUUGCUGCUGGACCUCAGGAAACAGAAGUUCCUGUUGAAGCAGAGAAUUACUCAAAUGAUGAUCUAGUGGGAAAAAGUAAAGAAACUGAACAGGAACAAAAAGAAAAAGCUAAGAAGAAACCAAAACUCUUAAACAAGUUUGAUAAGACCAUUAAAGCUGAACUGAAUGCUGCAGAAAAGCUACGUAAAAAGGGAAAAGUUGAAGAAGCUGUGAAGGCCUUUGAAGUAUUAGUGAGCAAAUAUCCACAGAGUCCACGAGCAAGAUAUGGGAAAGCACAGUGUGAGGAUGACUUAGCUGAGAAGAUGAGAAGCAAUGAAAUACUGCAAAAAGCCAUCAAUACUUUUCAGGAGGUGGCUAGCCUGCCAGACGUCCCUGCUGAUUUGGUAAAAUUGAGCCUGAAACGACAAGCAGACAGGCAGCAAUUUCUUGGUCACAUGAGAGGUUCUCUGGUUACUCUUCAGAAACUAGUUCAUCUGUUUCCCAAUGAUAUCUCAUUGAAGAAUGACCUUGGAGUGGGUUACCUCUUAAUAGGAGAUAACAGUAAUGCCAAGAAAGUUUAUGAGGAGGUCCUGAGUCAGGCUCCAAAGGAUGGCUUUGCUAAAGUACAUUAUGGCUUUAUUCUCAAGGCAGAAAACAAGAUAGCAGAGAGCAUUCCAUAUUUGAAGGAAGGCCUAGAGUCUGGUGACCCUGGCACUGAUGAUGGACGCUUUUAUUUUCAUUUAGGUGAUGCCCUGCAGAGAGUUGGAAACAAAGAGGCAUACAAGUGGUAUGAGCUUGGGCACCAGAGAGGUCACUUUGCAUCAGUUUGGCAGCGCUCUCUCUACAAUGUUAAUGGACUAAAAGCUCAGCCUUGGUGGACAGCAAAGGAAACUGGUUAUACUGAAUUGGUGAAGUCCCUAGAAAAAAACUGGAAGCUUAUUCGUGAUGAAGGGCUUGCUAUGAUGGAUAAAGGAAAAGGCCUCUUCUUACCUGAAGAUGAGAACCUGCGAGAAAAGGGAGAUUGGAGCCAGUUCACAUUAUGGCAGCAAGGAAGAAAAAAUGAAAAUGCCUGUAAAGGCGUCCAUAAAACAUGUGCUUUAUUGGAAAGAUUCCCUGAGACUACAGGGUGCCGAAGAGGACAGAUCAAGUAUUCCGUCAUGCACCCAGGGACUCAUGUCUGGCCUCACACAGGGCCUACUAACUGUAGGCUGAGGAUGCAUUUGGGCUUGGUUAUACCAAAAGAAGGCUGCAGAAUUCGAUGUGCCGAGGAGAACAGAACCUGGGAAGAAGGGAAGGUUCUUAUAUUUGAUGACUCUUUCGAGCAUGAAGUGUGGCAGGAUGCUGACAGUUAUCGGCUGAUAUUCAUUGUGGAUGUGUGGCACCCUGAGUUAACACCCCAACAGAGACGCACCCUUCCUGCCAUUUAAGAGGUCAUUUCUGAUGUAAGAAACAGAUGAGGUUUAAUCUGUUGGAGUCUGCAAAUAUAAAUACGCCACAUUAAUUUGGCUGGUCGUGUGGAAAAUGUCAGCCUUCUAGGGGCUAGAAGAUGUGAAAAAAUUGUUCCACAAUUACUAUGGACUUACCUACAAAUGUUCCAUUCUCUUUCAUACUGAAAUGGCACUGAUCUGAUAGAUUUGCUUGUAGGCUGCAAGGAAAAUAAUACUCUUGUCAGCCAAAGAGCUAUAAGGCCAAAUUUUCAAAAUCAGGAAUGUGCAAAUGUUUGUGACAUGUCUGUAUUAUGUGUACCAGUACUACAGACCUACAUAUGCACGGAGCUAGUUAGUCACCUUAUUGGCCAGGUUAAUGCACAAAUAUCUGAUUUGUACGUGCACUGCUACCUGGUAAUGACAUGUAUACAUUAGAUGUGUAUAAACAUUAGCACACAACUAGUUUUGAAAUUCUUCCAUGCAGUUUCUAAUCAUAAAUGUUUUAAGUAUGAAACAAUAUGCAUAUAGUAUCAACUGUAGAUAAUGUGAAUGAAUGGUUUUAUUUUGUAUUUUUCUACAUGGGUAAUUGUAUUUUUCUAUCAUAGCUAUACAUUGAUCGUUUCCUUUUGUGAACCACUAAUUUUUUAAAAAAUAUGUAUAAUAAGUGCACCUCCAGCUUUUAGCAGAGGGAGAAGCUUUACAUGAACAGAUCUUACUUUUGCUAAGUGUGGUCUUUUCUUGCCAUCUGGAAAUGCAAAUAGUAACUUGUAUUAUUUAACUGCCAGUUAAUAGAGUUUAAAUACUGAUAUCCAAUCAGUUUUGUUUUCCUAGAAUGAAAGAAUCCUUUAAGUCUCCUUCAGCUAUAAGGAUCUCUUCAAUUUUAGGACUUCAUCCUGGGAAGUACUGGGACAUCCAUUGAUUUAAGUGGGAGUUGCAGGUGCUCAAUAACUUUAGGAUUUUGUAGUUAAUUGCUUUGUUCCCUGUCAUUUCAAGGCCCCUUGUGUCAUGCCAUCUUCUGUCCAAGAAGAGUUGGACACAGCUCCUUCUAGGGGCUGCUUCUAGAUUGACCUAAGUGGUCAUUCCUCAGAAUAAUAACCUAAAUAGAAGAGAAACAGAAUUCUCUGAGCUGGGAGCAGAGGACCAAAUUCUGAUUUGGAAUUCUGAUCCUUGCCUGGAAGCACUGACUUCCUGCUAGAAUGCGGAGCCAGAUAAGAACAGCUUUGAAUCUAGUUUUCAAUGUAUUAACUUCCAUGUCAGAAAUUAGAGUGCUUAGAUUUUGUUAGUUAUACCUCCAGAGAACGGGCCUCUUCCAAUCUUAGGCUUGGGAAAAAUUCAUAUUGCAGUAAACUGUCAAAUGUAUUGUGUUACUAAGGUGCCUUAUAUCAUGGUAUCUAAGCACCAUGCGCACAUACUCCAUAUGCCAUAAUCAGACUGUCUGAGAUUGUUUACUUCAUUAAAGUGGCAAUGUUGAAAAAACAGCCUUAACUUUGUAUUCCUAUAAACUAAGAGCCACUCAGAUUUUGGAUUUAUUAAAUAGUUAGAUCAUAUAGUGCCAUAUAACACAUUGCAUGAUGGUUUGUGCCGUGAGAUGCUGUAACUAUUUUUUGGAGUUGUGCAAUUUUAUUUCCUUUUGGAUAAGCAAAAUUUGAUGAUCAUGCACGGAACAAGACUUCAGUCUCAGCCAGUCAUGAUCCAGAAAAGCUUGGAUGUGCUUUCUAAACCAGAGACAACUAUAUACCCACCACAAUAAGAAAUUCACAACUCUCAGGUUAAUUAUCAGGAGAUCCUAAAAUAAUUAUAUUCAUUUCACAAUUUAAGACAUGUAAAAAUGCUUAUUGGGAGGAUUUGGUAGAACCGAUGUAUGAAAACUAUUUAUAAAUGAGGUGCUCAGUAUAACUGGGCUCACUGGGAGGCAGCCUCUCCAGCCAAUUGUUUAGUUGCAUGGCAUAUUUUGUAAUACUGUAAAAUGAUUAAAAAAGAUAAAUGAUAAAAUAAUUUUUAAAGAAUGAAUCAAGACGUGUUUGGCUUUGAACCAAAAUUGUUUCCUUUUAGAGUUCACCUUAAACUACAUUGCAAUUUCCAUUGCUUGGAUUUAACACCCAGCCUCUAGAGAUAUAACAGAUAUUAUUUAGUUUUUAAUUUGUGAAAACUUGUGUCGUGCUUUUCUUGUAGCUCUGAUUGUUCUGGUAUUGUUUAGUAGCAUUUCUUUUCUCUUCCUCUGAAGGUAGUUGCUUUAUCAUUUGGGAUUUUGAUCAGCAAAUACAUUAAAGCACUCAGCACUAAACAUGGACCUAUAAACGUAUUCAUGCUCAUUAAAUAGUGUGGGAUGCUAUAUUGUGCAUUAAAAACUGAAGUACCUUGA